AUUUCUGGUUUUGACACUCUUCACCCUCUGCGGCGGCGCACUGCUCGCAUACAAUAUAACAAUAAUAAGCAACCCAGAACCAAAACCAGACCCCAAAGCUAUAUGAAACUCAAACCCAUCUCUACAGUCAAGUUCUUCGUACCUUUCUCCUUCCUUAUAUAUAUAUAUUCAUACCCUUUUGAUUUUCACCAAAAUUUUCAUUUCUCACUCUCUUCUUUGUAAGCCAUCAUGGCCUUGGUGCUGCAAAAUCAACUUCAGAACCCACUCUUUAGAAGCGAUUCAUUUGGGUACAUGGAGCAGAGCAACGUGAUGAUGGAGAAGAGACAGCUGUUUCUGAGAAGCUACCAGUUUUGCAGAAAGAAGAGUGUGAGUGAGCGAAUUAAAAGAUCUCUUAUACGAGUGAAGAGGGUGAUGUGGUUGAAGUUAAGAUCGGCUCGUAAAAUCCGCAAGUUGGUUUGGUCAAGGCUUAGAUGGAGCUUCAACUACCGGAGAAGAAGAUUUGUUCGUCUUGUAAACCACAACUACCACCACCUCCACCACCACCACCAUCACAGCUCUUCUUGCAGCUUCUGGUAGUGGUAGACAGACAACCCCACUUUUUAUUUCAUCAUAUUAUUGUUAUUCUUCUUUUUUUUUUUUUUCUUUUUUUUCUUUUUUCUCUUUGUUUCUUUAUGUGAUUGGGAUAAUUAUUACUUGCUUGUUACAGUUUGGUGUUUUAUAUAUACAAAGUUUGUAAUUUUCCAGCUAAAUUUGUCUCUACUUUCCUCUUUAGAAA